GGAGGGCGUUCGGCCGAAGCUGAAGGAAGAAUUUGUGCGUGAGGAGCCGAAGUGAUUGGCUGAAGGUGAACUCGGGCGCCAACAUGGCGUUUGUAGCGGGAGUUAUUCGGCGUCUGGACGAGACGGUAGUGAAUCGCAUAGCGGCGGGGGAAGUCAUCCAGCGGCCGGCCAAUGCUAUCAAAGAGAUGAUUGAAAACUGUUUAGAUGCAAAAUCUACAAAUAUUCAAGUGAUUGUUAAAGAAGGAGGCCUGAAGCUAAUUCAGAUCCAAGACAAUGGCACUGGAAUCAGGAAGGAAGAUCUGGAUAUUGUGUGUGAGAGGUUCACUACAAGUAAACUGCAGACUUUUGAGGACUUAGCCAGUAUUUCUACCUAUGGCUUCCGUGGUGAGGCUUUGGCAAGCAUAAGCCAUGUGGCCCAUGUCACUAUUACAACCAAAACAGCUGAUGGAAAAUGUGCAUACAGAGCAAGUUACUCAGAUGGAAAGCUGCAAGCACCUCCUAAACCAUGUGCAGGCAACCAGGGUACCCUGAUCACGGUGGAAGACCUUUUUUACAAUAUAAUCACAAGGAGGAAAGCUUUAAAAAAUCCAAAUGAAGAGUACGGGAAAAUUUUGGAAGUUGUUGGCAGGUAUUCAAUACACAACUCAGGCAUUAGUUUCUCAGUAAAAAAACAAGGUGAGACAGUGUCUGAUGUCCGAACAUUACCCAAUGCCACAACUGUGGACAACAUUCGCUCCAUCUUUGGAAAUGCUGUUAGUCGAGAACUGAUAGAAGUUGGGUGUGAGGAUAAAACCCUAGCUUUCAAAAUGAAUGGCUAUAUAUCGAAUGCAAACUACUCAGUGAAGAAGUGCAUUUUCCUACUCUUCAUCAACCACCGUCUGGUAGAAUCAGCUGCCUUGAGAAAAGCCAUAGAAACUGUGUAUGCAGCAUAUUUGCCCAAAAACACACACCCAUUCCUGUACCUCAGUUUGGAAAUCAGUCCUCAGAAUGUGGAUGUCAAUGUGCACCCCACCAAGCAUGAAGUUCACUUUCUUCAUGAGGAGAGCAUUCUGGAGCGUGUGCAGCAGCAUAUUGAGAGCAAGCUACUGGGCUCCAAUUCGUCCAGGAUGUAUUUCACCCAGACCUUGCUUCCAGGACUUGCAGGACCCUCUGGUGAGACAGUAAAACCCAUGACAGGUGUGGCUUCCUCAUCUACGAGUGGAAGUGGUGACAAGGUCUACGCUUACCAGAUGGUCCGUACAGACUCCCGGGACCAGAAGCUUGAUGCCUUUCUGCAGCCUGUAAGCAGGCUUCUGCCCAGCCAGCCCCAGGACCCUGUCCAAGGGGACAAGACAGAAGACUCUCCUGAAAAAGCCAUGCAGAAGGAUGAGGAGAUGUCUGAGCUCCCAGGCCCCGCUGAAGCAGCUGCUGAGAGGGAGAAUUUGGAGAGGGAAUCAGUAACAGAGACUUCAGAAGCGGCAGCACAGAAAGCGGCACCCACUUCCAGUCCAGGCAUCUCCAGAAAGAGACAUCGGGAGGACUCCGAUGUGGAGAUGCUGGAAGAUGAUUCCCAGAAGGAAAUGACAGCUGCUUGCUACCCUCGGAGGAGGAUAAUUAACCUCACCAGUGUUUUGAGUCUCCAGGAAGAAAUUAAUGAGCGGGGCCAUGAGACUCUCCGGGAGAUGCUCCGUAACCAUUCCUUUGUGGGCUGUGUGAAUCCUCAGUGGGCCUUGGCACAGCACCAGACCAAGCUGUACCUCCUCAACACUACCAAGCUCAGUGAAGAGCUGUUCUACCAGAUACUCAUUUAUGAUUUUGCCAACUUUGGUGUUCUGAGGUUGUCGGAACCAGCACCACUCUUUGAGCUCGCCAUGCUGGCCUUAGACAGUCCUGAAAGUGGCUGGACAGAGGAAGAUGGCCCGAAGGAAGGACUUGCAGAAUACAUUGUUGAGUUUCUGAAGAAGAAAGCUGAGAUGCUUGCAGACUAUUUCUCUGUGGAAAUCGAUGAGGAAGGGAACCUGAUUGGAUUACCUCUUCUGAUUGAUAGCUAUGUACCACCUUUGGAGGGACUGCCUAUCUUCAUUCUUCGACUGGCCACUGAGGUGAACUGGGAUGAAGAAAAGGCGUGUUUUGAAAGUCUCAGUAAGGAAUGUGCUAUGUUUUACUCCAUUCGGAAGCAGUAUAUACUGGAGGAGUCAACCCUCUCAGGCCAGCAGAGUGACAUGCCUGGCUCCACUUCAAAGCCCUGGAAGUGGACUGUGGAACACAUUAUCUAUAAAGCCUUCCGCUCACACCUUCUACCUCCGAAGCAUUUCACAGAAGAUGGCAAUGUCCUGCAGCUUGCCAACCUGCCAGAUCUAUACAAAGUCUUUGAGAGGUGUUAAAUACAAUCAUAGUCACCAUAGAGACUGCAUGGCCAUCCAAGGUGAAGCCAUAGAACAGGACACUUGGUUUCCAGUACUCACUCUGCUCUUGCUCUGUAUCCCAUUGUUGGUGCUACAACUUAAUGCACUUCACCUGUGGAUUGGCUGCAAAUAAACUCACAUGUGUUGAUAUGAUUUCAUAUAACUGCACAUUGGAAAA